UUGUGUAUCAAGCGGCUUCCAUGUGCCCUUCCAAGUGUUUUACAACAUUUGGAUAGUGGAUCGGCCACUUUCAACAAUGUCGAUAAAACCAAUCUGGAGGAAGUUCGUGCCGUCAUAGAAGAUUUCAACAAAGUGGCAGCUCCCUAUGCCAAACUGUGGAAGGGACAAACGAAUCCUGCUUUUGAAUCGUGGAGCCAAGACAGAGCUGACGUUGAUUUGCUGACUAUUAUUUGCACUCUUUCUUUUAGUAGGUCAGUCGAUUUCAGUGUCUUGUUCAUCUCUUUAGUAUGGGUGGAUGAAACCAUCAUAAUCUGCUUUGGCGUUCAAGAUCAAUACCGCUGUGUACCUAAAAAAGCACGCUCUUUGCCUAGGGAGGGGCUGCCACCUAUUUUAAGAAGCGCUGUGAUAACUCAGAAAAGGCUCUGGGUGAGGUCAAUCACAUAG